AUGACAGUUUUGAACAAGGGAGAUAAUAACGAUGAUUUGAAUGGGAUUGAAAAUAGACCAUUUGCGAUUUAUUAUAAUAUUGGAGAGGCAAUUGAGAAAAGGAUUGAGGUGGGAGAUGGGCCACAUUUUACAAAGGGUAAAACAAGUGGACCUAGUGAUUUUGUGUUAAAAGCAGGAAUUAAAGAUAAAGAUAAACCAAGCGAGGCCAAGGACAGUUGUUUAGGAAAGUUAAGAAGUGAAUUGACUACUUUACAAGAUAAGAUUAAUGUGUAUCUAACAGAGAGGAUGGCCAGCAACAGUAGUGGAAAUAAUAACGAAGAAGCGAAAUUUGAAAAAGAAAUAUUGGAUGGAACAGCUGAAGACGAUGAAGAUGAGUAUUAG